AUGCUAGGAACUAGUGAGGUUGCUACCAAAAACGAUGCCAUUGAACUCUUCAUGCAUGGGUCAGAUGUUGGCCACAAAGCCACGAGUGGAGCAGGAGAAAUAGCAAUGUCUGCUUUUGGUGCUGGCCCGACGGCUAAUACAAACCCUAAUAAAUCCAUUGAGGUGUUACAACCUCCUAGCGACUCGGUUUCAAGUCUCUCUUUCAGUUCGAAAGCCAACUUUUUAGUUGCAACUUCUUGGGACAAUCAGGUACGAUGUUGGGAAAUUUCAAGGAAUGGGGCCAAUGUAGGCAGCGUGCCCAAGGCUUCAAUAUCACAUGACCAACCGGUGUUGUGCUCAACUUGGAAGGAUGAUGGAACAACUGUCUUUUCAGGAGGUUGUGACAAGCAGGUUAAGAUGUGGCCUUUGCUCUCUGGUGGUCAACCAGUAACUGUUGCGAUGCAUGAUGCCCCUAUCAAAGAGAUUGCAUGGAUUCCAGAGAUGAACUGCUUAGCCACAGGAAGUUGGGACAAAACCUUGAAGUACUGGGAUUUAAGGCAGUCAACUCCAGUGCACACUCAGCAACUUGGUGAGCGCUGUUAUGCAAUGACUGUGCGGUAUCCUUUGAUGGUUGUUGGCACCGCAGACAGAAACAUGAUAGUAUAUAACUUGCAUAACCCUCAGACUGAGUUUAAGAAAAUCCCUUCACCCUUGAAGUAUCAGACAAGAUGUGUUGCUGCCUUUCCUGAUCAACAAGGCUUCUUGGUCGGUUCAAUAGAAGGAAGGGUUGGUGUACACCAUCUUGAUGAAGCUCAACAAAGUAAAAAUUUCACUUUCAAAUGCCACAGAGAUAACAAUGAGAUAUACUCAGUCAACUCCUUGAACUUCCACCCAGUGCAUCACACAUUUGCAACUGCUGGAUCCGAUGGUGCUUUUAAUUUUUGGGACAAGGAUAGCAAACAGAGACUCAAGGCCAUGUUACGCUGCCCUCUACCAAUACCCUGCAGUACAUUCAAUAACGAUGGCUCGAUUUUUGCAUACUCGGUGUGUUAUGAUUGGAGCAAGGGUGCUGAAAAUCACAACCCAACAACAGCGAAGACCUAUAUUUAUCUGCAUUUACCACAGGAAACCGAAGUCAAAGGAAAGCCAAGGGUUGGAGGUACUGCUAGAAGCCAAGGUUCGAUCUAUACUUCUGUAUUUGACAAAAAGGUUUACGAUGAAAUUCUUUCUUCAUUUCCUCCUGUGGAGUAA